AUGUUCCACAUCAAGGUUGUAGUGGUUGGCGAUGGUGCGAUUGGAAAGACAUCAAUGCUUAUAUCAUUUGCAUCAGGAGGUUUUCCAAGAGACUACCAACCAACAGUAUUUGACAACUUUAGUACACAUAAGAUGUAUGAUGGCAAGGCAUUUAAACUUGGUCUUUGGGAUACAGCUGGACAGGAGGACUUUGAUCGUCUUAGAUUCCAUGGGUACGUUUCAACAGAUAUAUUCCUGAUGUGUUAUUCAGUGGUCAAUCCACCAUCAUAUCUUAAUGUGUUUGAUAAGUGGCUACCAGAGAUCAAUCAUUAUACAAAGAAUGUACCUAUUGUAUUGGUUGGUACACAGACUGACUUGCGCGAGGAUGCCGAAGUGCUCAAAUCACUGGAGGAGAAAGAGAUGAAACCGAUCACCUAUGAAGAGGGCCUGGUUAUGAUGCGAAAGAUAGGUGCACGCGCUUUCUCUGAAUGUUCGGUUCAGACGAUGAAGGGUGUGCCACAGGUGUUUGAAGAAGCGAUCCGCAUCUACAUCGAGACAAUGUCCGAAGGCAAAGGCAAGGUCAAGGAUAAGGAGAGGAGGAAAGGUGACAAGAACUGUGUCCUACUAUGA